AUGUCUAUUGACCAGCAGAGUCACAUAACCAAAAGAUACUUCUAGUUCAGUAACAAAUUAUUGGUAAGAAUUUACAAAAAAACUAUUCGGAUAACAAAAUCAUACAAACUUUUAAUAACUUUAUCAUUAGCAGGUUUUAACUACUAAUAAAUAUCUCAGCUAGAAAUAUGUUGCCGAUACCUCGGCUUUGCCUUAUCUUGCUCUUAGCAGCAACAGCUGGAGCUCUUAUAUUGAAAAGUCCAACAGACUCUGAAACGGUUGGACGCUCUAUCCUGAAAAAAACCAUUAGACCAACAAAAUAUUACAAGACAUUUGAAUCGAAAACUUACUUCAGAAAUGGAACAAAUAAAUAUUUGAUCCAAAAAGCUAAAGAUGGUAGAUACUUCUAUAAAAUCGGAAGUAGAACCUUCUAUGUUAAUUACUGGAAAUACUCUACCAGUAAGAAAACAACACAGAAGCGUUUUGUUUCUUAUAGAAGAUACUACAUCUACGGGGGAAAACGUUACCUUCUACAAAAAGAAGGAAGUAGAUGGUUCUUCAGAAUUGGAGCUCUCAAGAGAUACGUUUCUUUUGGUAACAGAAAAGUCACCUAUACAAAGAAAACAAUCAUCAAACGCUCCAGUUACAAGAGAUACAUCAGAAUUGGUGGUAAGAAAUACGAACUCCGCAAAUCAAAGAGCGGCCGUUAUUAUUACAUCAUCAACGGAAAAGCCAUCUACUUGAACAGACGUGGAAAGACUACUGGUGCCAGUAUCAGAUACAUUAUGAUCGGUGGCGUCAGAUACCGUCUAUACAAAAAUGGCUUGAAAUACUACAUUUUGAAAAACAACAAAAAGGUUUGGUACACUUCUUCUCAGAUCUCAUCAAUGAUGAAGAGCAGCGUCAAAUAUCUCUACUACGGAGGUAUGAAAUUUCAAUUACGCCUGGAGGGAAGUCGCUAUUACUUCAUUUACGGAAAGAGCAAACGCAAGGUUUACGUAGACAAAAAUAUGAAACCAAUCGGUCUCGGAAGCAAAACUUAUCUUUUGGGAAGCAAAUACAGAUACACAUUAAAUAGAGGAAGCGGAAGAUCUUACUACUUCUACAGAGGAGGAAGAAAAUACUACACAAGAAACAGAGCCUGUGUUGCCCAAAGAAGAGCUACACCUACACUCAGAAUUGGUGGAAAAUCAUUCUCCCUCACACGUUCCGGAAGUCAUUGGAUCUUUUACUUUGCAAAGAAGACAUACCGUCUCAUGAGAACAACUACUCCAAACACAUAUAAAUUGAACUUUAACGGUAAAAACUACCAAGUCAAACUUUCUUUCGGCGGUCUUACAACACCACCAAGAACAUCAAUCAGAACCGCAUCAUUGAGAAUCAAUGGCAAGAGUUUCUCUUUGAGACCAUCAGGAUCAAACUACUAUUUCCAAUAUGGAAAGAAACGUAUUAAUGUCAUCCGUGAUGUUAAACAAAAGGGAAGAUUCUACUUCACACUCAACGGCAAGAAGACGUCAUUCAACCUCUUCAGUAGCAUCGGAACCAUGAGCAGCUACCUCAAAAAGAUGGUCAUGAUCAACAAUGUCAAAUACCCAAUUCAAAAGAAAUUCGGCAUGUCCUAUUACAUGUUGAAUGGAAAGAAGGUUGUUUACAAUUCUUGCAAUAGAUAUUCCAUUCCAAGAUGCAGCAGAGGAUCAAAAUUGGUGAAAGGGAAAUGCGUCGAUAUUGACGAAUGUAAAACUAAACCAUGCAAACAUGGAGCUAAAUGUGUUAACCAAAGAGGAGGAUACAGAUGCGCUUGUCCACAAGGAACAGUGUAUGACUCACAAGAUGGAUGUCAAAAGAUCCCCGAUUUAGGUGAAGGAUGUGCUUCCAAAUCAGAUAUUGUCUUCGUCAUGGAUUCUUCCGGAUCUGUUGGAUCUCACAAUUUUGAAAAAAUGAAGAGAUUUGUCUACAACAUUGCUUCUAAAUUCACUAUUGGAAAAAACGCCAUGCGUGUUUCCGUCGUCAAAUACCAAUCAAGAACCUACUUGGAAUUCAACUUGGACAAACACUCCAGCAAGAAAUCUCUCUUGGAUAACAUUUUGAGAAUCAGAUACAGAGGAGGUGGUACUGCCACUGACAGAGCCUUGAAAUUCACUCGUAUGACUGUAUUGCCAAAAAGCAGAAAGAACACUCCAACAAUCGUUGUUGUAAUCACUGAUGGAAGAUCAAACAACCGCCGCAGAACAAUCCAAGAAGCUGAUAAAAUCCUUAAGGACAAAUCCGUCAAAUUGAUUUCUGUUGGAAUCGGACACAACUUGGAUGCUGGAGAAUUGAAAGCCAUGGCUUCCGAACCAACAGCAAAGCAUUCUUUCGCCGCCAGCGACUUCAAUGCUUUGGGUGGUAUCUAUUUGUCUCUUGCUUCAAGAGCCUGUCAAUCUGCAUGUCCAUCCGGCAAGAAAUGCAUCAAAUGCAGACCAGGAUAUUACGAAUCUGAUGGAAAAUGCUAUUACGAUGCUUGCUUCAAAGCCGGACGUUGUAGAGGAAAUGCUAAGUGUUCGAACAGAAAGAGCAGCUUCGUUUGCGCUUGUCCAGCUGGAUUUGUCUACACACGUAACGGAUGUGCUAAACCAAAAAUCCCAAGUGGUGACAGAAUCAUUCUCUUCGAUGAUGGAGACUGUAAAGGAAAACAAAAGACAUUCUACUCUGCUUCCUCCAACCUCGGUCCUUUCGAUAACACUGCCGAGUCAGUUAUGGUCAGUGGAAAGAAAAUCUGGUUGUUGUACAACGGCAAAUACUUCAGACACUUCUCCUAUGCCGCCCGCGCCGGAAACUGUAUCAAUUUGUCUUCAAGAACAAAGGUCAGCUCUUUGAGACCAUAUUACGGUCUAACAAUCAGAUGUCCAAGAGGAUACAAGAGAGAAAACAACAAAUGUAUCGACAUCAAUGAAUGCGAAGACAAAGACAUUUGUGUCGAAGGAUCGAAAUGUAUCAAUUAUGGUGGUGGAUACAGAUGCUCUUGCCCAAUCGGAAACGUGUAUGACAAGAGAAAGGGUUGUAUUGCUGUUCCAGACAUGGGAGAUGGAUGCGGCGCUGAAGCCGAUAUCCUUUUCGUUUUGGACGCUUCUGGAUCUGUCAGAGCUCAUAACUUUGAAGAAGUCAAGAAAUUCACAGCCGAAGUUGUAAACAAAAUGAAGAUUGGAAAGAAAGAUGUUCGUGUUGGUUUGAUGACAUUCGCAUCUUCCGUUAGAAAUAGAUUCUCCUUUGCCAAGUACACAAACAAACAGAGCCUUGUUAAGGCCAUCUUGAGCACACCAUACACAAGAGGAGGAACCAACACAGCUGCCGCUCUCACUUCUGCUAAGAGAGCGUUCGCUUCAGCAAGAAAGAAUGUACCACACAUUGCUAUUGUUGUCACAGAUGGAAGAUCUUACAAUAAGAGACUCACGUUGGCUGCUGCUAAUUCACUUAAAACUGCAAAGGUAACAACAUUUGCUGUUGGUGUUGGAAAGAGAUUGGACAAAGAUGAAUUGAAGGCCAUUGCUUCCAAACCAUUCGACAGUCAUUUAUUGGAAAUUGAAGAUUUCGAAGAUUUGGUCAAAAUUCAACCUAAACUUGCCGUCAAGACAUGCGAACAAUCCUGCAAAAAGAACUCCUGUUUCACCUGCAAAAAGGGAUUCAUCAAGAGAGAAAAGGAAUGCUUCAGAGACUACUGUUCUAUCAACAACAUUUGCAAGGGUGGAGCCACUUGUGAACUCACAGAAAAAUUCUACGAAUGCAAAUGUCCACGACGAGGAAUGGAAUACGACAGACUCAAGGGAUGUGUUGCUUCUUCGUUGGAUGACGAUGAUGAUGCUGACGAUGAUGACAAAGAGGAAGAUCCAAAGGAAGGAGUCGUUUUCUACUCUGAAGAAAACUUCAAGGGAAAACGUUGCGUUGUCAAGGACGAUGUACCAGAUUUGUCCCAAAUCGGAUGUGAUAACACUGCCGAAUCCGCUAUCGUGUUUGGUGGCAAGAGAUGGCAACUCUAUGAUGACGACAAAUAUGAAGACGAAUUGGUCAUCUUGAAGCAAGGAAAAUACCCAACUUUGAAGAGAUACGGUGCUGAUGACAAAGUUUCAUCUAUCAGAGAUCUCCCAGAAGACGUUGACAAUUGUAAACCAAACCCAUGCAAAACAGGAGCAACAUGCGCCGAUCUCGCCAAUGGUUUCAAAUGUACCUGCAAAGAUGAUGAUUUCGAAUACGAUGAAGCCAAAGGCUGUGUACGAAAGAUAGUGAAAGAGCCAAGAGAAGGUAUCAUUUUGUACGAUGAAGAAAACUUCAAGGGAGAUUUCAUCGUCGUUGAAAAGGAUACUCCAGAAUUAUCUGAAUUGAAAUUUGGAGAUAGAGGAGGAUAUGUUGAUCCCAUUGCCCGUUUCCCACCAGGAGAAUACGACGUAAUCAAACCAGGAAACAAGGCCAGUUCUCUCAGAGUUGCACCAAAGACAUCUGACUGUAAUGCCAAUUAUUGUGCCAAGAACCCAUGUAAACGUGGAGCUAGAUGUUUCGGUUUGAAGAAGGGAUACCGUUGCAUUUGUCCAUCUGGACAAAAAUACUAUAGAACAAAGGGAUGUCAAAAACUUUUGACCAGCCCAUGUGACAGCAACCCAUGUAGAAAGCCAGCUAGAUGUUUCCGUCGUGGUUUGACUAGAUACAGAUGUGUAUGCAAGAGAAGUCAAUAUUAUAGCGCAAAGGCUGGAUGUGUGUCCAGACCUUGUGCCAGAAAACCAUGUGGAAAAGCAAGAUGUAUCAACAUCGGUUCACGUCAUAGAUGUAUCUGCUACACAAUUGUGCAAGAGAAUUCUUGCAAAGGAAAGGCUAGAUGUGUAUCUCUCGGCAGAAGAAUCAGAUGUCAAUGUGGAAGAGGAUUCAGAUACAACGCCAAAAAAGGCUGUGUCAAAUUCAACUUCAACCCAUGCUUGAAGAAACCAUGCAAGGGAGCCAGAUGUAUGAGAAGAGGUUUCAACGGUUAUAGAUGUCUUUGUAAACCAGGCUUCAGAUAUUAUGGCAAAAAGGGAUGUGUGAAAUACACAAGACCAAACCCAUGCUUGAAGAGACCAUGUAAGGGAGCUAAAUGUCUCAGAAGAGAACAAAGGCUGUAUCAAAUACAACAAGAACCAUGUUCAAAGAGACCAUGCAAGGGAGCCAGAUGUUUGAGAAGAGGUCUUUCUGGUUACAGAUGUUUGUGCAAGAGAGGAUUUAGAUACAAUAGCAAAAAGGGAUGCGUUAAAUACACAAGACCAAACCCAUGUUUGAAGAAACCAUGCAAGGGUGCAAGAUGUAUGAGAAGAGGACUCUUCGGAUACAGAUGUGUAUGCAAGAAGGGAUUCAGAUACAACAGAAGAAAGGGAUGUAUCAAGAUGACCAAACCAGUCAACUUGUGCAAGAAGAACUCUUGCAUAGGAAAUGCUAGAUGUUUGACUUUGGGUAGAAGAAUCAGAUGCCAAUGUAAGAAGGGAUUCAGAUACAACGCCAAAUCUGGCUGCGUUAAAUACGGAAAGAACCCAUGCUUGAAGAGACCAUGCAAAAAAUCCAGAUGCAUCAGAAGAGGUAUCACUGGAUACAAAUGUUUAUGUAGACCAGGAUUCAUUUAUCGCGGAGCUAAAGGCUGUGUGAAAUAUAAUCCAUGUGCCAAGAACCCAUGUAAGAAAACUAAAUGUAAAAAGGGAUGCGUUAAAUACACAAGACCAAACCCAUGUUUGAAGAAACCAUGCAAGGGUGCAAGAUGCAUGAGAAGAGGCAUUUUCGGAUACAGAUGUGUAUGCAAGAAGGGAUUCAGAUACAACAGAAGAAAGGGAUGUAUCAAGAUGACCAAACCAGUCAACUUGUGCAAGAAGAACUCUUGCAUAGGAAAUGCUAGAUGUUUGACUUUGGGAGAAGAAUCAGAUGCCAAUAACCCAUGCUUGAAGAAACCAUGCAAAGGAACAAGAUGCAUGAGAAGAGGACUCUUCGGUUACAGAUGCGUCUGUAAGAGAGGAUUCAGAUACAACUCAAGAAAGGGAUGUGUUAAAUACAACCCAUGCUUGAGAAGACCAUGCAAGGGAGCUAAAUGCUCACACGUGGAAAAUUCGGUUACAAAUGUACUUGCAAGAAGGGAUUAUUCUAAAUAUGCCGACUUGGAUGUAUCAAGGGCAACCCAUGUUUGA